AUUUGUUGGAGUGAUGUAAUAAUUUCUCCCAAUAGAUCAGACCCAUCCUUGGAUGUCUAUAAAUUAUUUCUGGUAACCACGACACAAUUAUAGACAACAGAGAAUGGCCUACGCCUUGGUUGCAGUUCUAGUUCUAGCUAUUUGCCACGACAGAGCCCAGGGGGUCGUACCAGCAGCCAGCCCUGGCACCACGGCUCAGGCAGUGCUGCUGCCUAGUGCAGCCAGAGAAUUCCUGGAAGCACAUAACCAAGCAAGAGCUGCAGUCGGGGUUGGACCACUCAGGUGGAGCGAGCAACUAGCCAAUGCCACGAGCCGGCUUGCGAGAUACCAAAGGAACAAAAUGGGUUGUCAGUUUGCAAACUUGACAGAUCAUAAGUAUGGAGCAAACCAGCUAUGGAGCGGUGGAGCAGCCGUGACGCCGCGCAUGGCAGUAGAUACAUGGGUGAAGGAGAAGAGCUACUACAACUAUGCCAGCAACUCUUGUGCACCAAAUCAUAUGUGUGGAGUUUACACGCAAGUGGUUUGGAAGAACUCUUCGGAGCUGGGGUGCUCACAAGCUACAUGCAAGGAGCAAAUUACUUUAACUAUUUGUUUCUACAAUCCUCCUGGAAAUUAUAUAGGCGAGAAGCCAUACUAGAAAUUUAGCCAUAUAUGUAGCUGCUUAUCUGGUCUGAUCUGAUCCGAUCUGAGAGUUUCUGGGUAAUGUCUUGAAAGCUUUGAGAGGGCUAGCUUGAUUAAGUCUCUUGUACUGGAUGAAAGUAGGGAACAACAAUAUUAUAUCAUAUCUUCCAAUAUCCCAUAAUUUGGAUACUAAAUAACAUCAAUAAUUGUUGUGAUAAA